CCUUGGCGCGGCGCCCGCCAUGUACAAUGGGAUCGGGCUGCCCACGCCGCGGGGCAGCGGCACCAACGGCUACGUCCAGCGCAACCUCUCGGCCCUGCGGCACAAGAAGGGGGGCGGCGGCGCCGAGCCCCCCCCCGGCGAGGAGGAGCUGCGCAGGCUGGAGGCCGGGCUGGCCAAGAGGCCCAACCCCGACAUCCUGGACCACCAGCGCAAGAGGAAGGUGGAGCUGAAAUGCCUGGAGCUGACCGAGCUCAUGGAGGAGCAGGGCUACGCCGAGGGCGAGAUCCAGGAGAAGGUGGCCACGUUCCGCAUGAUGCUGCUGGAGAAGGACGUGGCUUUGGGGGAACCCGAGCAGAAACCAACGGUGACAGAGACCCAUCAGCUGGCUGAGGCCAACGAGAAGAAGAACGAGCGGCUCCGGGCGGCCUUCGGCAUCAGUGACACCUAUGUGGACGGCAGCUCCUUCGACCCCAGCCGCCGCGCCAAGGAGGCCCCCCCCGAGCCCCCCAACCCGGCCCCUGCUGUGAGGGACUCAUCCAGCUCCCGCUCGCCCUCACCUAAGCAGAAGAAGAAGAAGAAGAAGAAGGAUCGGGGCAGGUCUGCCAGUCGCUCUGGGGAGAGGAAGAAGAGCUCCAAGAAGAAGAAGCACAGGUCUGAAUCGGAGGCCAAGAAGCGGAAGCACCGCUCUCCCAGCCCCAAAAGCAAGCACAAGGCCAAAGAGAAGAAGCGGAAGAGAUCCACCAGCGAAUCGGCCUCUCAGAAGAGCCGCCGCGAGGGCCCCUCUUCCUCCCCUGCUGCCUCCUCCUCCUCCUCCGCCUCCUCCCGCAGCCGGUCCCGCAGCGUCACCGCCGCCACCCACCAAGACACCGAAGAGCCGGGGCCGGUCCCAGCCCCGGCACCGGCACCACCGGGCCCGGCCCCUGCACCGGAGGAGCUGCCAGCGCCGUCGCUCGCCCCCGAUGUCCCCAUCGAGGAGCCCCAGGCACCGGCGCCGGUUGUGAGCCCCCCCCCCGGCGGCACCGGCAGCGACCCCCCCAUCACCAACACCAGCACCAACCGCAGCCCCCGCAGCCGCAACCGAACCAACACCAACGGCACCCACACCAACCGCAACCGCCCCCCCCCAGCCGCCCCCCGCCGCCUCCCCAACCCCGUCCCCGCCCCCAGUAUCCCCCAGCGCCGCGCCCCCCCGUCCCCCUCCCCCUCUCCAUCCCCCCCCCCCCGCCGCGCCAAGAGCCCCCCCUCGGCCGUGACGUCAUCGCGCCGUGACCGCUCCCUGACCCCCCCCGCGCCGCCACCCCCUUCCUCCUCCUCCUCCUCCAAGCGCUCCCGCGCCCGCCGUUCCCGCUCCCGCUCCCGACGCCGCUCCCGCACCCCCCCCUCCCCCAUCCGCUGGCCCCUGCCGCGCUCCCGAUCCCGCUCCCCGGCCCCGCGACGCCGCUCCCGCUCCCCCCGCGCCUGGUCCCGCUCCCGAUGGGCCCGCUCCCGCUCCCGACGCCGCUCCCGCUCCGGCACGCGCCGACGCUCCCGCUCCCGACGCCGCUCCACCUCCCGCAGCCGCUCCGGUUCCUCCCCCCUGCCCCGGCGACGCCGCCGCCGCCGCUCCCGCUCCGAUUCCUCCGGCAGGUCCCGGCGCGGGCGCUCCCCGUCCACCCCGCCCCGCGGCAUCAAGCGGGCCCGCGCCGCCUCCCGCUCCCCAUCCCGGCAGCGCCGCCGCCGCAGCUCCACGCGCUCCCCCCGGCUCCGGCACCCACUUCCCAGCCCCAGGCCACCACCGCCGUGUCCCCCCCCAAACCCAAGCCCCCCUCCCCGGCGCCCCCCCCCGCGCCAGCGCAGCCCAGCCCCAAGGCGACCCCUGCAGCAGCGGCGCCAGUGA